AUGGAUUUAGGAGGGAUUACGGUAAAAUGGGGUAACAGCAAAAUGACUAUAUUUGGUAAAAACCAUAAUUAUUUAUUUACUGUACCUAGAAUUGAUAAAUUGUAUAUACUUAAAGGCUAUGUUGAAAAAGUGGUAUUAUUUACUGUACCUAGAAUUGAUAAAUUGUAUAUACUUAAAGGCUAUGUUGAAAAAGUGGUACAAACUAAAGAAUUAGCAUUUAGUACAGGUCUAGAUAGGAAAUUGGUUCAUAGACGAUUUUGCCACUUAAAUAUCACAAUGCUAAAUCAUAUGAGUCAAAACAAUGUUGCGAAUGGUUUAGAUAAUUUGUGUGGUAAAUUUGAUGCUUGUAAUACUUGUAAAAUAACUAAAUCGACUAGAACUAAUUUUAAAGUCAAUCAUGGUAUAAUGACUAAAACUGUAUUAGAGAAAGUACAUAUGGAUGUUUGGGGUAAAAGUCCAGUAAAUUCAGUUGGCGGAGCUGAAUAUUUCGUUCAUGCUAAAUCUCCUGAUUUAAAAUUAAAACCUUCAAAAAUAACAGAAUGGACUAGAGUUGAGAGACCGCGUAAUAAAAGUAGCAGAAUAGAUGUUUACUAUUACCCUCCAGGCGAUAAAACUAGAUUGAGAUCAAACAACCAAGCUAAAGAAUAUUGCGAUAAAAACCAAAUUGAUGACACUGAUAGCGAAAGUGAAGAUUCACCAUCUAAUUCUGUUGUAGAUAAUCAGAUAAGUGAUAUAUUUGAAAGUGAGGUAUAUAAUGAAGAAAUACCGAAAAACUUUUCUGAUGCACAAAAACUACCAGAAAGAAAUCGGUGGAAUAAGGCAAUGGAAAAAGAGUUAAAUAUUAUGAACGAAAAAAAGGUAUGGGAAAUAGUUGAUAAACCUCCCAAUGCUAAAGUAAUAGGAAAUAGGUGGGUUUAUGCAGUAAAAAGAGAUGAAAACAAUAAUGUUAAACAAUACAAAGCUAGACUUGUAGCACAAGGUUUUAGACAACAGCAUGGUAUAGACUUUCUGGAUGUAUUUUCACCAGUUGUGAAUUCUUCUGUUAUUAGAUUACUAUUUAUUAUUCUUGUAUCUAUGUUAUGUUGGAAAUAUGCACAGCUAGAUGUGAAAGCUGCAUAUUUGUAUGUAAAUUUUAGUGAGGUAAUUUUUAUGAAACAACCUCCAGGUUUUGAAAUUGUAGAUGAAACGAAUAAAUAUACGUUGAUGACAUGA